AUGGACCAUACACACGCCCGGGCCCUGGAGGCUCUCCAACCAUUCAUUCAUCUUGCCAACUCCAACAGUGCCACGUCUCCUCGAUUCAUCGCCAAAAUAAUUACAGAUGCUACUUCCAGUCCGCAGGCGUACGUCUUUGCUGAGCUGCUCGAAUCCCGGACCAUCCAGUCUCUCCGGUCAAAGGAGACGCCCGAGGAAUACCAAGGGUAUCUGACUCUGCUCGAGAUCUUUGCCUGGGGAACAUGGAAGGAUUACCAAUCAACACCCAACCUCCCCGAGCUCAAUCAAGACCAAACCCUCAAACUCCGUCUCCUCUCCCUCCUCUCUCUCGCCCCAACCAUCAAACCCCUCACAUAUGAAGCUCUCAUGGAAGCCCUUUCCAUAUCCAAAGCCGCCGAACUUGAAUCCCUCGUGACAAAAGCCAUCUACUCCUCCCUCAUCACGGCCCGUCUCUCCCCCGCCUCCGAUCCGCCAACGGUGAACAUCACCUCCGUCGCUACCCUCCGCGACGUCAAACCGCAGUCCCUACCGAGUAUGAUCUCUAUCCUGACAGAAUGGGAGUCCCGCUGCGGAGGCGUGAUCAGCGAUAUCGAAGCUGAGAUUGAGAAGAUCAAAGCGAAUUCCGCCAAGCGUGCCGCUAAGGAAAAUGCGCGCGCGGAACUACUGAACAAGGCUAUCAACAGCUGGUCGGAGGAAGGUGAUGAAGGGCAUCCGAAGAGAUCGGGGACGCGGAGUGGAGGCCGGAGGUUGGGACCUGGCGGUGGUGGUAGCAAGCGCGAAUACAGCGCCGAUGACAAUGACGACGAUGGGUAUUUCGAGAAUGGGAGUGAUGAUGCGGAGCCCGUUGGUUCGAGGAUGGAGAUCGAUGAAGGCGUAGGGUCAUCUCGGGUCGCCGCAAGACAAGCGAAACGUCUCCUCGGGAAGAAAACGUGA